AUGCUAUCCGCCAUACUUCUGCAACCGCCCACUUUGCGCGCACCUCUCGCAAAGGACGACAGUGUCGCCUUCCAAACAUCACAAAAAGAACCAUCAACUAUCGAUGAGCUUGUGCGCCAGCGUGCCUCACUGGGUCCGGCGCAGCCCGUCAUUUCCUAUCCACACACCGGCAUUGAGUAUGUGGAUUAUCCUCUUCGCCAGCUGGAUGUCUACGCAUUCCGUGUGGCCGAAGUGUUGGCCAAACGCAUUCCGCCUCGGACAUCCUCCGCAGAGACUCCAGCAGUGAUGUCGCUGCUGGGCCCUUCAGACCUGAACUACCUUGUGAUGCUCCUGUCGUUGGCCAAACUCGGCCAUUCUGGUCUACUGCUGUCCACGCGGAUAUCGGUCGAUGCUUAUGUGUCAUUGCUGGAAAGAACACAGUCAAGACACAUCUUCAUCCACCCAUCCUUCAGAGAAACGGCCGAAGAGGUCAAGAAGCGUGUUCCUGAUCUGCUUAUUGAUGAGAUCCCGACUGAAGACUGCUACGACUUUCCGGUCCCGGACGACGAAAUCGACACCAAUCUGACACCAUCUCUGGAUCCUGCUACAGAGGCCAAGCAUAUUGCGUGGAUUAUCCACUCCAGCGGCUCAACGGGACUUCCAAAGCCCAUAUUCCAUACACAGCAAGCGGCCCUGAAGAACUACGCGGGGCACAUGAACAUGUCCGGAUUCGUGACGCUGCCGCUGUAUCACAAUCACGGCAUCAGCUGUCUGUUCCGCACCAUCCAUGCCCGCAAGCAGUUGCAUCUCUACAACGCCAGAUUACCACUGACGCGGCAACACCUCCUUGAUAUCAUGAACUCCCACAAUUUCGAGAUUUUCUACGGUGUCCCCUAUGGACUCAAGCUGCUUGCGGAGACCCCCGAGGGGAUUGCUGCCCUAGGAAAGUUCAAGGCGGUGAUGUUUGGCGGGUCAGCUUGUCCGGACUCACUGGGCAAUCUACUAGUCGAAAACGGUGUGCAUCUUAUCAGCCACUAUGGAUCAACAGAGACCGGUCAGUUGAUGAUGUCGACGAGACCUCGAGAUGACAAAGGGUGGGACUGGCUUCGUCCGUCAGAGUUCGUGCAGAAGUAUCUGCAAUUCGAGGAGCGCUUUCCCGGGGUGUUUGAGCUCAUCUGUUUGGACGGCUGGCCCUCCAAAGUCAUGUCCAAUCGACCGGAUGGCUCGUAUGCUACUAAGGAUCUGUUCGUCAAGCAUCCUACCAUAACGGCAUACAAGUACUAUGCCCGGCUGGACGAUACGCUUGUUCUCGUGAACGGCGAGAAGGUGAACCCUCUCGACCUUGAAGGACGCGUCCGGCAAAGUUGCGCGGUCAGCGAGGCCAUUGUCUUCGGGGCCGGCAAGGCCUGUAUUGGGCUUGCUGUUAUCCGUGCCCCUGACUCGCAAGCUCUGACUGACGACGAGAUUGUGGAAGCCAUAUGGCCUGCCGUGGAGAGAGCGCACGAGUCCAUGCCUGCGUUUGGCCAGCUCUCGAAGAACAUGGUCCGUGUCUUGCCAGCGGAUGCACAAUAUCCUCGCACGGACAAGGGAACCGUCAUCAGACAGGGGUUUUACCGGGAAUACGAACGUCUGAUCGAAGAGGCCUAUGAGGCUGACGAUGCCACGACUGGGGCCUUGGUGCUUUCGGAGGAAGAGCUUAGGUCGUUUCUCAGGGAGCAGCUAUCGGAGAUCCUGCCGCCUAAGAGUCGAGGCGAUUUGACCGACGAUGCAGACUUUUUCGCCCUGGGCAUGGACUCAUUGCAGGCUACACAGCUGCGCUCCGUCAUUUCGCGGAAGAUUGAUACGAACGGACACAAGCUGGGGUUGAAUAUUGCCUUUGAACAGCCGACAGUCCGCUCGCUGGCUCAUUACCUGAACGGUCUCAAGACUGGUGCUAGGGACAGCGGCGAAUCGAUUGUCGAGCAGAUGCAGGCGAUGAUCGACAAGUACAGCCAAUUUGAGGAGCAUGUGCCGUGUGCGAAUGACUUGGAUGGGCAAUAUAUCCUUAUCACCGGCUCCACGGGCUCUUUAGGAAGUCAUGUUGUAGCCCAGCUGGCAGCCAACGCCAACGUCAAGAAGAUCUACUGCCCCGUCCGGGCUGCCUCCCCCAUCGACGCCUACACUCGCCUGCACCAAUCCCUCCAGGCGCGCCGUAUCUACACGUGCAUGACCCCUGAAGCCCGCAACAAACUCGUCGCACUCCCCUCGGACCUCAGCGACCCUUGCCUUGGCCUAGCCCCUGCAGUAUACACCGCACUCACCACCGAAUUGACCACCGUCAUCCACUGCGCCUGGUCCGUCAACUUCAACCUCACCCUCUCCAGCCUGGAAAAGGACAACAUCGGCGGCCUCAGGAAUUUAUUGUCGCUGUGCCUCAGAGUCCAGCGGCCCCAGCCGGCGACUUUUAAUUUUUGCUCCUCUGUCAGCGCCGUCGUCAACUCAGACCUCAACCCUGUCCCGGAAGCUCUGCCAACCUCUUUGUCUGCUGCACAGGGCAUGGGCUACGCGCAAUCCAAACUCGUCGCCGAGCACAUCUGCGCUUGCGCCGCCGCCCAGACCCCUGGCUUUGGAGUCAGAAUCCUGCGCAUCGGCCAGGUCAUCGGCGACACCGUCCACGGCAUCUGGAACACCACCGAAGCCAUCCCGCUGAUCCUGCAGUCCGCACGCACCAUCGGCGCCUUACCGGCCCUCGACGAGGACCCGCUCUGGUUACCCGUGGACGUGGUGGCGAGGGCUGUCAUUGAUAUCUCUUCUACCCUCCCCGCCACUACCCCCCCUCCUGCUGCCGCCUCAUCGACAACACCAACCCCAUCCCCAUCCCCAUCGCCGUUCCCCACGGAAAGCGCAGACACAAACACUAGCGUCUACAACAUCGUCAACCCCCAAUCCUUCCACUGGACCCGAGACCUCCUUCCCGCCCUCCGCCGCGCCGGUUUGGACGGAUUCGAGGAACUGCCUCCGAAAGAAUGGGUGCGGCGUCUCCGCGCCCAUCCAGACCCCGUCCGCAAUCCGCCGGCUAAGUUGGUGGAUUUCUUCGCGGGGAAGUACGAUGUCGACGAGGCGGUGCUGGCUAGGCGGAGGCGGUUGGCGUUUCGGACGGAGAAGGCGAGGCGGGUGAGCAGGGGGUUGGAGGCGGCGGGGACGGUGGUGGAUGGUGGUGGUGCGAGUGUGGAGAGGAUGGUGGGCUGGUUUUUGGGAGGUGGGUGGGUGGGGGCGUUAGGCUGUCUCCCUGGAUAG